CAUUGGGGAAGGGGGUAAAUUAGGUUUCUUCAACUAUUCUUCUCAUCAUAGCAACGUGUUUACUGUCUUUCUCCAUUUUCCUUCCUCUUCUAAACUUCUGAGUUCUAUCCCGCGGCUGCAUUCUGGCGGUGUCUAUACUCGCAGCGUCCAUACUCCGGCCACUUGCAAUUCCUUCGUAGUCUCCUUGCAAGUUUUAGGAGCUACAUCUGUUUUGGAUAUCUAUCAUGACACAAGUCAGAUUGUCAAGCCUCUCAGAAGGAGCGAAUAACUUUAUCCUUAUCCACCACCCUGACCCGGAUUUUGCAUUGCUUCCUAGGUGGUUUGUUAGAGAUAAUCCUGUUAUCAGGCCGUAUCAGAAUGCUCUUGUCACUGAUCCGGCGAACAACACAUUUUCAGUGAGUCUUAGAACAAUGGACGGAGACAAGGGAAUAGAAGGUUUUCAGGAAAUCUGUCAAGCGCACCAUAUUAAUGGAACUGUUAGGGUGCAUUACACGUACAUUAAUGGGAGUCAGUUCAACAUUCAGAUUUUCCAUGACGAGUACACAGAGGUAGCUUACAUAGUCCAAGAGGAUGACGAUUCUGAUGAUGAAGAGGAGUUUGCUUGGUUGAGUGAUAUCACUGAGCCAAGGUCAUUCGGAAAGCAAUGUCUGCAUGUCCCUGCUAGUGUCGUGCUUGAGCUUAUUCCACACAAACCUCCUCACUAAACAUCAUAUUACCAGAUGACACUUUAGAUGUGUGGACACUGAAAUGGGCAGAUGGUAUGCCCAUUUCAGUUGAGUUUGGUCACGGCUGGUAUGAGUUCGGUAAGGAGAAACGAAUCCGUGCUAGGGAUCAAUGCGGUUCUAUAAGACGCAUCAUCCAGACACCUACCGGCUUGAAGUUCGCCGCCACUAAAUUAUUAGAUGAUGAAGGGUUAUUUAUUUUUAAUUGUGAUGUUUAUUUCAUACGAUGUUAAUUACCUAAUGUUCGUUCUUCAAUUUUAUUUUGUAUUGUGUGUUAAGUUUGUAAGAUUGUGUUGUUAACUUUCAUUACUCAUAAGCCCAAGGGCAUGCCACAUAUGUUCAAAACAAUGGUUGUAUUUUCAGAUUUGGACUAUGGCAUGUACCAAGGCUGCUUUCGUAUCACUCUAUUAUGAAUUAUGUGCUAUGUUUUAUGUUUUA